CAAGUAGUUAAAACCGUCAACAAAAGCAGGAUAUUUUCCUGAGAAGAAAGCGUUAAACCCUAAGUCCUCGGCCACAAGCCGGAAAAGGAAGCCUCACCUGAAUUUCGUCGGAGAAAAAUGGCUUCUAUGGCCUUGUGCGGAAGCAGCCUCUGGAAAUCGCCUCACCUCACUUCUAAAACCUUCAUUCAGUGUCACAAUUUGUCGGAGUCACUCAAGUGCAAGGACAAUGGGAGACCGGUGGUCCUCGGCCGCGAUUCUAACGGUCGGCAGUCGCCUGCGCUUCCAAGCUUCUUGACCACUUCCAAUCAGUUCGUUGACGGCAUCCUGGUUCCUAAAAACGAUACUCGUCUCCGCAUUUUCUCAGGAACUGCCAAUCCUUCACUGUCUCAGGAAAUUGCUUGUUACAUGGGUCUGGAGCUUGGCAAGAUUAAGAUCAAGCGAUUUGCUGAUGGGGAAAUAUAUGUUCAGUUACAAGAGAGUGUCCGAGGUUGUGAUGUUUAUCUUGUGCAACCUACAUGCCCGCCGGCAAAUGAAAAUCUGAUGGAGCUCUUGAUAAUGAUUGAUGCAUGCCGUCGAGCAUCUGCCAAGAAUAUCACUGCUGUUAUCCCAUAUUUUGGAUAUGCACGGGCUGAUCGAAAGACUCAAGGACGUGAAUCGAUUGCAGCCAAACUUGUGGCAAAUUUGAUUACUGAAGCAGGCGCAGAUCGGGUUUUAGCAUGUGACCUCCAUUCUGGACAGUCCAUUGGAUAUUUUGACAUUCCAGUAGAUCAUGUGUAUGGCCAGCCAGUCAUACUUGAUUAUCUUGCCAGCAAGAUGAUAUGUGCUGAUGAUUUGGUUGUGGUCUCACCUGAUGUUGGUGGGGUUGCUAGAGCUAGAGCUUUUGCCAAAAAGUUAUCUGAUGCUCCUUUGGCCAUUGUGGAUAAAAGGCGUCAGGGGCAUAAUGUUGCUGAGGUGAUGAAUUUGAUUGGUGAUGUUAAGGGAAAAGUGGCAGUGAUGGUGGAUGACAUGAUUGAUACUGCUGGAACUAUUGCAAAAGGAGCUGCUCUAUUACAUCAAGAAGGAGCUAGGGAGGUUUAUGCUUGCAGCACUCACGCUGUUUUCAGUCCUCCCGCUAUAGAAAGGCUGUCAAGUGGUCUCUUUCAAGAGGUUAUCAUAACGAACACCAUUCCAGUUUCAGAGCAAAACUAUUUUCCCCAGCUUACAGUCUUAUCUGUGGCUAACCUUUUGGGUGAAACAAUAUGGCGCGUGCAUGAUGACUGUGCCGGUGGUUUUGAACCAUACUCGAGCUUGGGGAUCGACUGAUAUCCUAGUGUUCGUGAGAGACUCGACUUGCCAUUGCAGUUUUGCUACAGUUGCAAAGGAUUUCUAUUUGCUGAAAUUUCCUAUAUCAUUAGUCAUUACAACAAGAAUAGUGUAGUCCCAUUGUACAAAAUCUGUUGAGACACCUGAUGUUACCAUGUUAUAAUGUGUUUGUAUAUGUCACUUGAAUUUUUGCCAUUUCUAUAUCAGUGAAUUUCACCCUCGUA